CUUCCACUUACCCUGAAAUCGCGCAGGAUCCUUGCGCGCGAAAUACGCGUACGCCGGUGUACGGACGUCGUGUGCUGUGCCUCGCUGUACAUACCUGUGAAUAGUGUAUUUUAAGCCUUAGUUUUUAACGAAAUCUGUUAUAAGUGAAGAACGUACGCGAUACGAAAGGGGAAACGGAAAAUAGGUUAGAAGGAAAGAACAAAUCGAUCAAGUUUUCUUCGGAACGAUUCUUGCAUUUAUGUAUUUAUAUCGAAAGCUGAGUGCUUCGCUAUAGAUCCUUUCCCGCCGAGAAACGUAGCGGACAUUGAAGAGAGAUCACCAUCGUGCGUGGUUCGCCCAAACGCCGGUUCUUCGUUGCGGGCCUAACCUUUCGAUUUACGGACGCUCGCUUGUGUGCAUUUACUCGCUCGCUCAUUCGUUCGCACGUUCGCUCGUUCGCUCGGUCGGUCGGUCGGUCGGUCGUACGUAAGUACGUACGUACGUUCGUUCGUUCGUUCGUUCGUUCGUUCGUUCGUUCGUCCGUUCGUUCGUUGGCUCGCUCGCUCGCUCGCUCGUUCGCUCAUUCGCUCGUCUUAUACUACAUCAUUCGUACGGCGCGUGUGUGUGCCUGCGGAAGAACGGCUGCUGCGGGUUUGACAGGACGAUGAAGUGGCUCGGUGCGAGCACCGCUGGCGCCGGCGGUGAACCGGCACCUUCAAUACAACUGCAUCAUCCUUCAGCGAACGGUCACAUACCCACGGAUGCAGAACAGUGUGGCCAAGCAAUGGCUGGUGGUGAUAGUAUGCGAAUACAACCUGGUCAGGCUCAUCAGAUUGGAGCUAGUAGAACUCAAGAUGAUGCGAUGGUUGGAUAUGUAUUUCAACGACCUACGGAACCAGAAUUUAAUGCACAAUCUGCAAAUUUCCAAACAAAACAAACUCCAAGAACAUGGACGUUAGCGGACGAUACUAUUGUCGAUAAUAAUCAAGAGAAAUGGAAAUAUCCCAUGACUAAACUCAGUAUACCACAACAAAGUCAACCACAACAAUUGGGUUUACAAACAAUGAAUAACAUACAUUUACCAUAUGAGAUUCAUCCUAUGCAGCUUAAGAGUGGAGCUCCUGGAGCAGAGCAUUUGGUUUACCUUAACAAUCAAAUGACAGCCCAGCAGCAAGUUGCACUUUUUCACCAUCAACAACAGCAGCAGCAGCAGCAAUUCAGAAAUGGACAGAUCGCUCCCUCAGCAAAAAAGCUCUGGGGUGUGGACGAAGGCGGCUCCAAGGACGAGGGUGGUGUAAAAGGUGGUGGGAUACUUCACCUGGGAGACCACCAAAUGUGGCGAGAUUCUACUUGGAGCACCUCAGAUCAUGCAGUGUCACAACCAAUAUCGAUGGGUACGGGUAGACGUGUGGGUGUUGGGACCGGAUAUCAUCAUCAAACUUCAGAAGUUGGGACAGUUCUUAGUCCUAGAAGCAGUGAAACGGGUGGAUUGGGAGUUAAAAUGGUUGAAUAUGUUCUUGGUUCAAGUCCCACAACACCGAAAGAUUUAGAACCUCGAAUGGUCUCUCUUAGAUUGAAUACGGACACAGAUAAAAAAGAAAAAGACAAAGGAUCUGCUAGUCCUUUUGAUAAUUCGAAGGAUGAUACUGGUCCACAAGGAAAUGGAUUAGCAUCACAGAAUGGUCUCGAUGAUGAUAAAGGUUUCAAUCGUACACCAGGUAGUCGUCAACCAUCCCCGGGUGAAGAAGAAUUUCAAAAAAAUGCUGCAGCAACGUUAGCAGUAAGCGCCGGCGGUGGUGGUGUAGUUUUGUUAAAACCAGGUGUUGACGUUGUUGGAAGCGAGGAACAUUUUAUGGCAGCAUUUGCUCCUGCACCACCACAUCAUCUUCAACAUCAUCAGGCACCACCUACGCAUCAUCUACAACAUCCUCAUUCUCACGCGGCACAACUUUUUGGGGCGCAGGCGCCACCACCCCCGCAAGCUCCACCACCCUCUCAACAACAACAACAACAGCAAGGCCCUCCUCAACCACAAGACACUACAACUCAUUUUGAUGUACAGCAAUUGUUUCGCAGUCAGCCGCAAGGCGCAACGCCGCAACAAUUACAAUUGCUACAACAGCAACAGCAACAACAACAACAACAACAAUAUCUGGCCGCGUCUCAGGCUCAACAGCAGCAACAACAGCAACAACAGCAACAACAAAAUUUUCCCACGGCACCGUACACCGUUAUAAGUGGACAAGAACCAUACGUAGGAGCUUUGAUAGCUGGUGCACCGCCACCAGUGGUACCUCAGUAUUAUGGAGUUGGCCCGUGGGUUUAUCCCGCUGGUCUACUACCGCAAGCACCUCCGCAAGCUGCGGCCCCACCGCCACCGAGACGACCGUUAACACCUUCCUCGGCAGCGGCCGCGGCGGCUGCGGCCCAAGACACCGCAAAUAAUUUGGCACAAACGGUUCAAGGUCAAUAUCAGGUUAUACCAGCUUAUUACGAUCAAAAUGGAUCCAUAGUUAUGGGCGGUGUACGCGGCCUUAGUUCCGCGGCAACUCCAAUGAGAUUAGUCAGCCCAGCACCCGUUCUAGUGAACAGAGCUCCUUCUCAACCACCUCCUGGACCACCUGCUCCUCCGCCACCGAGUCUCUAUUCACAGGCGACCCCGACAUCGCAUAGUAAUGCCACGCCUGGUGAAUGUUUAGGUCUGGCAGCGUGCAGCGCAGCAGCGGUUGUUGCGCAAGCUCAAGCAGUUGCCGCACAACAGGCACAACAACAAGGAUCAGGACUUGCCGCAGGUCUGGCGGCUUUGGGAUAUGGAGGUUCUCCUCUUGGAGCAUUGGGCUCACCUGCCCAACUUCAAACAACAGGUUUGGGACUUGGAGCAUCAUCGACAGGAAGAAGGGAUUCCUUCGAUAGGAAUACAUCGGCAUUUAGCCCAAGCUUGGAAUACAGUCGAGCGAAAUGGCCACAAAGUUAUGGAGCUCUUGGUACAGUAACGGCUUCGCCAAGUCCAUUAGGAUUAUCUUUGACUCCACCACCAACUUUGGGAGGAUCCUUGGGUGGACUUGUAGGAGGUGCGAAUCGAGUAUCAGCUGCUCCAGGUGCCGAAGCUAAAUUCCGUGCAAGCGCUGUACCAGCAUUAACAGCUAAUGGUGUAUUCGGUUCGAGCAGUUCUCUUUUCCCAAAUUUGGUCGGUAAAGCAGGCCGUACUGGAGCUACGAAUAUCGGGGAUAAAAAUGCUGGAGGUCGAUCUCGUCUUUUGGAGGAUUUUAGAAAUAAUCGAUUCCCGAGUCUUCAAUUACGUGAUUUGGUUAAUCAUAUCGUUGAGUUCAGUCAAGAUCAACAUGGUUCACGUUUCAUUCAACAAAAGUUAGAACGUGCUUCUGCCAGCGAGAAACAUCUCGUAUUUCAAGAGAUACUUGCUUCUGCUUAUUCUCUUAUGACAGACGUUUUUGGGAAUUAUGUCAUACAAAAGUUCUUUGAAUUUGGAACGCCCGAACAAAAAUCUACUUUAGCGCAAAAGGUUCGAGGUCAUGUGUUACCUUUGGCACUACAGAUGUAUGGCUGCAGAGUAAUACAAAAGGCUCUUGAAUCUAUUGGGCCGGAACAGCAACAAGAAAUUGUACGAGAAUUAGAUGGGCACGUAUUGAAAUGCGUUAAAGAUCAAAAUGGAAAUCACGUUGUUCAAAAAUGUAUCGAAUGCGUCGAACCAAGAGCAUUACAGUUUGUUAUCGGUGCAUUUGCCGGACAAGUUUAUUCAUUGAGUACUCAUCCGUAUGGAUGUAGAGUAAUUCAACGUAUAUUGGAACAUUGCACUCCUGAACAAACACAAGGGAUUUUACAAGAAUUGCAUGCCGCCACCGAUCAGCUUAUACAAGAUCAAUAUGGUAAUUACGUCAUUCAGCAUGUACUCGAGCAUGGAAAGCCAGAGGAUAAAACACAAUUGAUUAGUAGCGUCAGGGGUAAAGUACUUGCACUAUCACAACACAAAUUUGCAAGCAAUGUUGUGGAAAAAUGUGUUACCCAUGCUACGAGACAGGAACGUGCCGUUCUCAUUGAAGAAGUUUGCGGUUUUAAUGACAACGCGCUCAAUGUUAUGAUGAAGGAUCAAUACGCUAAUUACGUGGUACAGAAGAUGAUAGAUGUGGCAGAGCCUGCACAACGUAAAGUGUUGAUGCACAAGAUUCGCCCGCAUUUAGGAAGUCUCCGCAAGUAUACGUAUGGCAAGCAUAUAAUCGUUAAAUUAGAGAAAUUCUUCAUGAAGACAGCAUCCGCUAUGGGAGUAUCAACGCCAGCUGGUGCCUCGAAUAAUAGCGGAGAUCUUGGACCGAUCGGACCUCCAGCAUCCGCUGCUGGUACUGUUUCUACGCCGGCGCAACAGUCCACGCAGGUUUUAUAAGCGCACGAUUUUUGAAACUCUCUUCUCUCCCCCCCCUCCCACCAAAUAAGCAGAAAAUUUUCACAUGCCCGACACCACCAUACUUUACGGUAAACAUCGACUAGGCUCAUCAUUCUACAUUUAUCUGUUUACAUCACCAUAUUUUACGCAUUUCGAGAGUUACGUUAUGAUUAUCUUUCUUCAAGUAUAACAUACUAAGAAAGAAUGAAAGAAAGAAAGAAAGAAAGAAAGAAAGAAA